AUGGAUUUCGGUCAAAUGCAAUUUUGCUUAGAUGAGUUUGAUUGCAGACCUAAUUGUCCUACUUUGUCCAGCUAUGUUUUAUCCAAGACUCGAUUUUGUCGAUGUCUUAACUGUGCUACUAAUAGUAUUUCCUGUGGAUGUACAAUGGUUUUAAAAAGUGUAAAAAAACGUCCAAUUUUUGUUGGAACUGUUAUUUUAGCAAUAAUCCUCAUUUUGGGUGCCGACAAAACAUCAAAUUUUCAUCAGACGCAUAAAUUAGUCACUUCAGAUAAGGGUUUUGAUAAUAGUAGCCUAAAUUAG